AUGAGUGAUAAGGGUGAUGUUGAGCUAUCUGUAAGUGAUUCAGGUUCAGAAAACGAAAAGAAGCAAAAGAAGCAAAAAGAAACCGAUGAGCCAAAUAUUGUCGUUGAUGGACAGAAAGAAGUACAUAUUAACGUUAGUGAUAGUGAUUCUGACAAGGAUGGUUCAAUAGAUGCACAAGAGAACAAAGGUGUUAAGACAAAUCCUUCAAAGGACCCAGAAAUCAAGCCAGACACAGGAAAGAAAGAAGCAAAGAAAGAUGCUCAAUCACAAUGCUGCCUUCUUCUUUAA